GCAACCACCACCCGCGCCCUCCCAUCCUCGCCUACUCUACACACUUCUCCGUUUCCUCCGUUUCCCCUCGUACCGUUCCUAUCAUGGCGUUUCCAGGAAACCCGGGUAUGCUGCCCGGCGCUAUGAAUCCCAACGCAGGCAUGUCGGAGCAGGAACAGCAGAUGGUGAAAAUGAUGCAAACGAGCAUGGAGUCUUGUAUUGGCAAGACGGUCAUGGCGGGCGUCAUGGGUGGAGGCCUGGGUGCCAUGUUCGGAUUGUUCAUGGCUUCGAUGCGUUACGAUACCCCAAUGUCACAGCCGCUGCCUGUGACAACCCCAACUCCAGCCUCCACAGCAAAACCGUCCACAGCAAAACCCACCACUGGAGCCGUAGCUGCUGCCGUUAAGCCAGUUCCUGCAGUACCUAUACCCACAAUCGCCGCAAGCACCGUUACCUCAUCCUCCAUGUCCUCAACCGCCACCGCCACCGCGGCAUCCACAACAUCAGCAGGCGCCUCCGCCUCCGCGGCGAUAAACCCCUAUGCCGCGGUUCCCCUCACCGACCUCCCCUUCAAACAACAACUCAAGCACGGCCUCCGCGACAUGUACCGCAGCUCGCUUAGUUCCGGCCGCAACUUCGCCAAAGUCGGCGCUAUCUUCAGCGGCACUGAAUGCGCCAUCGAAGGGUUACGGGCGAAGAACGACUUGUACAAUGGCGUAGCGGGCGGGUGUAUCACAGGGGGUAUAUUGGCAAGGCAGGCGGGCCCGCAAGCAGUGGCAGUGGGUUGUGCGGGCUUCGCGGUUUUCAGUGCUGCGAUUGAUGCGUAUAUGCGUAUGCCUGAGGAUGAGAAGAGUAGACCUAUUGCGUAAAGAGGGGUAGUCGGAGAGGGGGCCUCACAAGAAAGAGGUUGGAAUUGAAGCGAGUGGAUGUGUUUAUUGUACGACUACUGUAUACCACGAACGACUUGUGACAGCAUGAGAUUCGCAAUAUGCAUCGGGCGGCGUUCUGGUAUACUCAAUGAUUGGGAAAGAUGUCUAGGAAUAUUAAAAGUUUAUAACGAGUAAGCUUAAAACUUUGUGCUUGUUGCAUCCGAAUGGACUGUUGUUUCAACGCUAGAGACCGACUGGCAUUUUAGAAUAGCUAGUUACUACAAUACACCCGGCGGCGACUUUCAAAGGAAGAAAGAGAACAAAGAACAGGUCAGUUCCACAAUGUGCAGAC